CUGUACAUUUAGAUGGACUAAGGCAUCAAUGAGGAAUUGGAGUAUAUAAAAGGAUGCUCACGCAGGGGCCCAAAAAAUCAAGCACCAGACCAGUCGAACUGCACGAGACCUUCUUUCGCUAUCUUCAUAUCUCAUCUCCAUCAUCAACAUGCCAACGCUUCCCACCCUCGCCCUCACCCUCGCCUACACGGUAUCCAGCUACCUAGCCCUCCGAUGCCUCCAACCACCUUCACCCGAGCUCGGACCCGACAGCAGCAACAAGUCUAAAUCCAAAGACAGCGUCGCCACCGUCAUCGACCCCCUCUUCCUCCUCAUGAAGCUCGUCAUCCCAAUGAGCUUCCUCUACCAAGCACUACUAACCCUCCUACACAGCCACCCAUCCUCGCCGUGGACGACCGCCAUCUGCCGAUCCCCCGCCAACCCACCAACCGAGGCCCUCACCUGGACGCCGUCCACAGCCACAAGCCUACUUCUGUUCUACAUCGGCGGAUGGACGCGGCUGGCCGCCUUCCGCGCCCUGGGCGGGGACUUCACGUUCCACCUCGCAACGCCCGACGACGGCCUGGUGACCGACGGGGUGUACCGGUACGUCCAGCAUCCCAGCUACUCGGGCGGGCUGCUCAUGGUCGCGGGCUAUGUGCGACUGGCGUUGGAGGAGUUCGUCCCGGCGAUGGGGACAUGCUGGUCGGGAUCCGGGGAGACGACCGGACUCGGCGGUGUCGCCGUCGUUGAGCCAUGGGGCCGGGUUGGGCUGCUGCUGCUGACGACUGGCGUCUUUCUGGGGAUCACCUAUUUCAGGGUCCAGGAUGAGGAGAGGAUGUUGAAGAGGGACUUUGGGGCCGAGUGGGAGCGGUGGCAUCGUCGGACGGCUCGUUUGAUUCCGUUUGUCUGGUGAGAGAACACACGGAUCGGAGGUUCGGUUGGGUUGGGUCGAAUGCGCUACUGUAGAGGUAUUGAUAGUUCAGUUCCUCUUGUUAAGGUUGAUUUGGGGUUUUGUUAGUAGGUUCGUUGGCUUCUUCUUUGUUUUUGGAUUGGUCUUUAUUUCGUUUAUUGAACAUUCUAUUGCAGGAUCGGGUUAGAGUAUCUGGCUCAAUGUAGUCCCUUUGCACCAUGCAAACCGUGCCAGCCUAAGUACCAUGAAGUCUUUUAUGAAACGAAA